AAAUUGAUCAAACAGACGGGGAAUCAAAACUCCGGGAUCGGUCCUUAAAUCAAAAUUCCGUACCACGAAGGGUCUUCCUCUUUUUCUCCCGCGAAGUGCCUUCUUCCGCAUCUUCCAUUGUUCUCCCGCGGAUUGCCUUCUCUUGCAGCUUCCAUUUUUCUGCCUUUUGCAUCGCCGUCAUCCUUUCGCGGCUUCUUCUUCGUCCAGUCCUCCCCGUGAAGGGUCUUCACCUUUUUCACUGACAAGUCGCGUCUUCCCCCUACAGCUUCCACCCGCAGCUUCCCUCGCCGUCACCCAUUCGCAGAGAGGUCUUUUUCAAUUCUGGAAUCAAAAUUUUAGGCUAUCAAACAUAAAGAAACUGGAACUGGAAUUUUAAUUCCAAUUCCAGUUUGAGGUGGAAUUUUGAUUCUGGAAUUGUUGAGUGUCCUGAGUCUUCAGUAGCCUUUCAACAAUGGCGGAGAAGGCAGGAAAAGCACUACCCAAGUACCGGACGGAUCCUUCCUCAACCGGAAAAGCAGUGCCCAAGAGACACAUGGACUCUGGAAAGGUAACUGCUUCACAAAGAAGGAAUGGAGCAGAAUAUCCUGAUCCUCCAAUCUCUUCAGGAAAAUCAGGCAAAGGUGAAAAUCUGUAUAAAACAGGUGAGGCUGGUAAGAGCACGCCUGCAAAGCAGCAAACAGCAAGACCUGAAGAUGGAAGAAUAGAAGAUGAAAUUCCAAAGAAUGCUAAAUGUCUGAUGGACUGUGAAGCUGCUAUUAAGCUGGGUGAUAUUCAAGAGCAGCUGCAAGCACUGGCCAAUGACCCAACAGUGAAGAUACCAAAAUCAUUUGAUCAAGGCUUGGUGUAUGCGAAGAGUUCCACCCACUACUCGAAGCCAGAUUCUGUGAAGCAAGUUCGAGAAGUGCUCAGCAGUUACAAGCUCUCUGAUGUGGAGAUAUGUUUGAUUGGAAACACAUGUCCCGAAACAGUGGAUGAGGUUUAUUCUCUUGUACCAUCUGUGAAGGGGAAAGCACUGAUGAAAGAAGAAACCAUAAAGGACAUGCUUGCUACUUUAGCCAAACUUAAAGAUGCAAAGUAGGCAGCUGUUCUUGCUGCAUGUCCAGAUGGGUAAUGAAAAGACUUCUACUCAUGUUAAUUCGUACUCUUCGAUCCCCUUUUCUGUUUUGUUCUUUCAUUUUAUGUGGAGCUGAAAAGUGGGACCUAAUUUUACUUUUGUAAGGCAUGGGUCGUGGUCCCUUUGCUGAUACAGGCUCUGAAUUUCCAUUUGUAUAUAUUGGGUGAUAAGUCUGCCUCUUGUCUAAAAUGUAUUGGGCAUUGCCCUCUUUAAUUUUGUGAUUUUCAUUCU